AUGAUGGUACAAGAAACCCAGUAGAGAGAGAAGUCAUAGAGAUCUUAUAGUCUUGAACUUGGGAUAAGUCCUUAAAGCUUGAGUGACAUCUUUAAUUUCUCUUACGGCGAUCCGUUUGAUCCAAAGGUUCCAUGGAGAAACCCAGUAGAGAGAGAAGUCAUAGAGAUCUUGGGUAAAUUGCUGGGAUUUGAGGAUAUGUCAGGUUAUGUGACUUCUAGUGAAUGCGAAGCAAACUUUUCAUGCUUAUGGUGGUGCAAGCUAAAUCUGCUAAUGCAAUCUAGAAAUAGAAUUAAUGAGCUGAAACAAAUGGUAGAGGAAGCUAAAAAGGAAUCUUAAAUGUUUAAUAAAGAUGAAGAUAAAAGCAUGAGAAAUUCUAUCUUCUCCAAAAUUUAUUAGUUCAAGAAGUAACUCAAAAUGAUUUUACAGCCAGUAUUAAUAUGCUCAAGACCCCCUUCGACUGAUAUUUCAAUAAUCAAAGCAGCUUCUGCCUUAGGUCUUAAAACUUGCUUUGUUGAAGUUAACAAGGAUGGAUAGAUGGAUACUUAAUCUUUAAGAAGAAUAUUAAGUGAAUUUCCCUCAAAACAAGCUAUUAACUUUAUCGUGAGUAUUAACCUUGGUACUUAAAUAGGAGGCUCAUUUGACGAUUUAUUCAAUAUAAGAAGUGUAAUCGAAGAAGUCAUAUAAAAUUAAUGCUCUCUUGAAGUAGAUAUUCAAGAUUAUAAUCAUAGAGAGCUUAUAACUAAUGAUGAUAAUCAAUGCAAGAAUUGGAAAUUUGUGUAUCAUGGGGAUUCAUUACUCUAUGGGUUUACUUUACCGUUUUUGAAAGAAUUUGGGAAAAAUAGUUUAAGGCACAAUGGUUUAGAUACUAUCUCUGUCUCUUUGAGCAAAUUUCUAGGAAGUCAAAUACCAUCUGCAGCAGCAUUAACAUACAAAGAUUUCACAGAUAGAGCAUUUCAAGAUGAUAAUUUUAUUGAGUAUGUUUCGAUAGAUACUAAGAAAUCUUAUUGA